AUGGACCAGCAAUUCUGCUUGCGCUGGAACAACCACCCAAACAACCUGACUGAUGUGCUUGCGAGCCUGCUACAAAGAGAGGCCUUGUGCGAUGUAACACUGGCCUGUGAUGGAGAGACAGUGAAGGCUCAUCAAACAAUAUUAUCAGCAUGCUCUCCAUAUUUUGAAAGUAUAUUCCUACAAAACUCACAUCCACACCCGAUAAUAUUCCUCAAGGAUGUACGAUAUUCAGAGAUGAAGUCAUUAUUAGACUUCAUGUAUAAGGGUGAGGUGAAUGUUGGCCAAAAUAUGCUUCCGAUGUUCCUAAAAACUGCUGAAAGUUUACAAGUAAGAGGUUUGACAGAAAACAAUACAUUGAAUCCUAAGGUGGAAGAGCGUUCGACUCCGUCAGUGAGCGCGGAGAAUUUAUCGUCGCGCGCGGAAUCGUUCGCGACUCCCCCGGCGGCGCACUGCGCCCCGCCCGCCCCCCUCACGCCGUUGCCCGCCGUGCCCGCGCUUCCCCAACACGUGCCCCACAGCUUGCCACCGGAGAAGAGGCGCAGAAAAAACUCCGCCGUGCCCAGGGACGACCUCGACUUAACCUACAGGCAUUAUGAGGGUCACCUAAAGUCAGUGAAGGGCGGGUCAACGGGGUCCGGGUCGGAGCCGUCGACGCCGCCUCCGGCGCACACUCCGCAGCGCCUCACGCCGCGCUCGCCCGCGCACACGCCGCACGUAAAGCAGGAACCGGACGCGUACGCGCCGCCCCCGCCGCCGCUCGCGCACCCGCCCCCGCCGCCGCCGCACCAUCCGCCACCCCACUUUGACCAGACUCACCUCACGGGUAUGGGGGUGGCAGAUAUGGCAUCGAUGUUGACUCAGAGUAACCUCAGCAACGAGUGCAACGAGAAUGAACCAAUGCUACAACCACACCCAGACCAGACAGACACCAUCGAUGGCUCGAAGGGCUGGCACAUGCGGCUGACGUUCGAGCGCGUGGCGGGCGCGCUCAACCUGCACCGCUGCAAGCUGUGCGGCAAGGUGGUGACACACAUCCGGAACCACUAUCACGUGCAUUUCCCUGGGCGGUUCGAGUGCCCCCUGUGCCGCGCCACGUACACGCGCUCGGACAACCUGCGCACGCACUGCAAGUUCAAACACCCCGCGUACAAUCCGGACACGCGCAAGUUCGAGCCGCCCCCGCCGCCGGCGCCGGCGCCGCCGCACGCGCCGCUCUUCGCCAACCACCUGGACGCGGGCUUCGACUGA